CGCUCCCGCGCCGGCGCAGAGCCGCCUGCCUCAGCGGAGGUGUCCCUGACGUGGCGUGGGGUGCUCGUGCCGUGGGCUGAGGGAGCGGCGGCAGCCGGAGAUUUCUCUUCCUUCUGCUUUUUAAAAACACAAAAUGUCUCAAGUUAGGCAGAGGAGAAAAGGGAUUUCUUCAUCCAAGACCAGUGAUGGUUCACAGAAGGUUGAGAAGCACAGUGACUGUGGGACGUUGGUAAGUCCCAAGACCAACAAUAACUGGACUUCCUUUUGGAUGGACUCGCGGACGAGCUUCAGCAUAAUUUCCCUUUCUGUUUGCCUAGUGCUGAGCUGGUUCCUAUUUCAGCAGUCAGGUCAAUUUGCUGAUAUUGAAAAAAAGUACAGUUUCUUACAGCAAGAAGCUGAAAAAUUCCUGGACGUGGAAAAUAAAGUUAACUUAAUUUCUGAAAAGCUUGAGUCUACUGAAAGUAUCCUACGAGAAGCUGCCUCGUCCAUCUCUGUGAUGACUGAGUUUGAGCAGGACAUAUCUUCUCUUCAUAACAUCAUAAAUGAUAUUCAGAACAAUGAACAGACUCUCUCUAUAAAGAUGCAGAGCAUUAAUGAGAAGUUCCAAAAUGUUACGAAUUCCUGGAGAAGAAGCUUGGAUGAAAUGAACACAAACACUAGUGGUUUAAAAUCUGAGGCAAAGUUCAUACAUACAGAAGUGACUUCCCAAAUCAAUGAAGCUGACCAAAGAAUUAAAUCCCUUUCAGAAAGAGUAAGAGAUUUGGAAGACAGUACAGCCAGAAAUAUUAGAACACUGAAAAGACAAGAAGAUGAUGAAUUCUCUAGAGUUGAACAAAAGUUGGACUUACAUGCAAAGGCAGUUGAAAAGCUAGAAGAACAACAGAAUAGUCUGGUAGCCAAGGACACAGACCUGAAUCAGAAACUUGGGAACUAUGAACCAAAAAUUGAGGAGUGCAAGACCCAUUUGCCAACAAUUGAAAAUGCUAUUCACUCUAUUCUUAGAUUAUCAAGUGAAUUGCUAAGUAUGGAGAAAAAGAUAGAGGCCUUGACAACACAGCUAUAUACUGUGGAAAACGAUAUGUUGAAAACUGUUUCUGAUACAAUGGCGAUGCGAAAGGUUCUUGAAGGCAUAGAGUACAACAGCAGCAUAUUGGAAGUGCCAAAUGAAAUAGUUUUAGAAGAAAUAGUGCAUGACAUAGAAGUAUCUUCGAAAGCAAAAGAAAUAACUUUAGAAAGCUAUAACUUAGAAAAUGAUCAGAAUGGGAAUAAAUGAAUUUGGACAUAGGGCUUUCAUUGAUGAAAGAGCACUUUACUUAUAAAUAAUGUCACUCCAACAUAAGUUAAGGGUAGUUGAAAUAUUGUCAUUAAUCUAGAUAGGCAUUGGAUCAGAUUGAAGGGCAAACUAGAGAGCAAUAAAUACUGUGUUGAAGGAGGAAAGGAGUAUUUUCUUAAAGUGAGGAUUGUUUUCACAUUAUCUAUUAAAAGUUAAUUUUUAUUAAAAAGCAAUUCAAAGCAAAGUAUUUAGAUGAUAGGAAAAGUCAAAACCAGAGACAUCCGAUUACAAUUUACAUUUAGUUUUCACUACUUAGUUUUUUAUGUUGUUACUUUUUAUAUUAUAUUCCAUGGACUUGUAAGACAAUGAACAAUUAAGUUAUUAUCUCUAGGCAGAUACAGAUGAUGUACUUUGCCUUAAUGUAUCAUAUACCAUAAUGUUUUUGUGCUUAUGGUAUAGACUUCUCAAUGUCCGAGUUGUUACUGGGACCUACAUAUUUUAUGUAUUAUGCACAAAGUACAUUUUUAACAGCUGUAGCUUAGCUGCAAUGCUAUAUGUAGUAGAAAACACUAGUAAAGCACCCCUUACUGAGAACCUUCUCUUGUACUGGUAUUUAUAAGCAGAGGGUUACAUAGCAGCUGGUGUUAUCUUUUAUUUCUUUGACCCCAUGCAAAUAGCUGCCUUAGACCUCAUUUCUAGCAUUUUGAAACUUCCAGGAAUCACUGGCAUAGUUUUGUUCUGCUAUUGAAUUCACUAGACUACAUAUAGACUGAAGUUCUUACUAACAGAUAUUCCUCUUAGAUUCUUCUUCCAUCAUUUAAUUUGUAUGUUUGGUGUGAUCAGUCACUGCAUUAAUUGUUGAUUUGGUGUUUGUUUUGGUUUUCUUUUGUUUGUUUGUUUGUUGGGUUUUUUUUUUGUGGUUUUGGUGCUGUUAGAAACAAGUUUUAAUCUUUUGUAGAAUGUUUUCUUUUGUAGAAUGUUAGGCAUUACAUGAUUUCUUUUGUAGAAUGUUAGGCAUUACAUGAUAUGUGUGGUAUUGCUUUGCAUUUCAAAGGGAAAAAAAUGGUGUCACUGACAUUGUUUCCCAAAGUUUGGUGAACCAAGAGCUGCAAAAGCAUUUAAUGAAAGCUAUGGAGUUAUAUACUUGGUUCUAACAGAUCUCCUUACACAGGGCGUAUUACUAAUAAGCCUGGUAGCUGUUCAUUAAAAUUUGGAAUUUUGGAAGCACUAUAAAUUUGUGUCUACAGACUUGUCUUGAUAAUUUCAGAUUCCUGAUUUCAGAACCCAGGAAAGGAGAUUGCUUAGUAGGCAUUAUGAACCCACAACAUUUAAGCCUGAUUAAGUCAUAAAUUAAAUUAUUCUGGUUUUGUACAUUCAUUUAUCUAGAACUCUAUUGAAAUCUUCACUGAACAGUUAAUGCUGCCCAUUGAAGAGACCAUUAAACCAGCAUUUCCCAGUGUAAAGGUUUUAUCAGUUUCACAUAUUUACUACUUAUGUAUAGAUUUGUAUCUGUUUACAGUCAUAUUCAGUAAAAAUAUAUCAUAGUGGAUUGCCCCGUCUUGAUGCAUAAUCUAAUUCAAAAUAAAUUGCUCUUCCAGAAA